AUGUCUCAGACUUUUCAUUAUCUAUCUAUCUAUCUAUCUGGGUCGUAUCAUAUCUAUCUAUCUAUCUAUCUAUCUAUCUAUCUGUCUGUCUGUCUGUCUACUUGCUUGUCUGUCUCUCUAUUUACCUAUGGUGGGGCAGAUGUCUCCUCACGUCUCUGUCCGCAACAUCAGCCAAGACCACCCGAUAUGACGCCAUUCGUCAUUGUGUUGGCGACAGUUAAGAUGUCACAAUACGUAAGCUUAGCUGAGAACGGGGUUAAGCAAAGGGAUCCCCACCCGCCGCCUUUCGCUCUACGAAGUCACUUCCUGACAGUUCACCAAUUCCUUGAAAUACUUGCAAAGAUCGCACAGAAGAAAGAAUAUGUAAUGUCGAAGGAAAGAAAAAAAAACGAUGGAAAAGGAGGGGUUAAGAAGAAUUGUCGUAGGGUGGAGAAAGGUUUUUCGUCUCUUUUUUGUUUGUCUUUCAAUUUUUCUUUUCUUUUUUUAUUAUAUUCGUCCGUUUUACUUUAUUUCUAUCUUUGUUUCUUUGAUUUCCUUUUUCUAUCUUUUUCUUUUUUCUUUCUUUCAUUUCCUUUCUUUCUUCUUGUCUUUCUUUUUUCUGUCAUUCAUUUCCUUUGUUUCCUUCUUUCUUUCUUUCUGUCAUUCAUUUCCUUCCAUUCUUUCUUUCUUUUUUUCUUUCUUUCUUUGUUUCUUUCUGUCAUUCAUUUCCUUCCUUUCUUUCUUUUUUCUUUCUUUCUUUCUAUAAUUCAUUUCCUUUCUUUCCUUCUUUCUUUCUUUCUUUCUUUCUGA